AUGAAUGUAUGGCAUCAAUUGAUCUCUAACUAUCUUCCUUCAAGGUCCCUUGCCAACACCAGCAUGACUGGCAGCAUCCCGGGGUCCCUAGGCAACCUCGUGCAGCUCUCCAUCUUGGACCUGAAUGGAACCAGCCUUACGUGCCCUCCUGACAACACCCCAUGCGUGGCGCAACAGCAGCUUGAAAGCGCCUUCUGCCGCCAAUGCCCCUCCUUCUGCACCACUUGCAUCAAGCCUGGAACCAGGCCCCCCACCCCAUCGCCAGGGAGCACCACAGCGUCUCCAUCCCCCCCCACUGCCUCACCACCACCACCCCCCUCGCCUGCAUCGUCCUCCUCCCAGUCUGGCGGCCUGUCAGCUGCGGCCAUUGCUGGCAUCACCGUGGCUGCUGUGGCGUCCCUGCUGCUGCUGCUGGUUGGUGGGCUACUGUGUUGGAGGCGCUACAAGAAAGAGGCAGCAGCAGGAGAUGCCGCAGCAGAGAAGCACGGCCAAGAUGCAGUACUGCAAGUGCAAACGGAUUCUGAUGGCCUGGGCGGCAACAUGGCAGCCUCGCACUGCACGGAGUACUCCCUGGAGGAAGUGGAGUCCUGUCUUUCCUCCAACACCCUGGCCCGCCUCAAGGACCUGAGCAUGGACGCCCCGGAUGAUGCUGUGCUGCGCCUGGCCCAGCUGGCUCUCAGCUGCACUGUGGAGCGCACUGCAAGCCGACCCAGCAUGGCAGACGUUGUCAAUGAGCUGCAGGGAAUCAGGAAUGAGGUGGUGGGGAAAGUGGAGCUGCCUGCAGCAGCGAAAGCGGAUGAGCGAGCCCAAGAGAUGAGGGACUCAGUUGCGGUGGAUACUCAUCUGCAGUGCGUCGACAAGCUGCUGCAGGGAGAUUCAUUUGAAGACGAGCCGAUAGCUUAA